AGUUUGACGUGUCAUGCACUUUGAUGCUUCCUUUCUUCCAUUAAAUACCAUCUCCUCUUUACUCCUUUUCCUCUUCCUCUCCAUACACUCUCUCUUUCCUUUUCUCUCUACACACUUCAAUAAUUUCCCCCUUUAUUUUCAUCAUCAACAUCAUCAUCAUCAUCAUUCAAAUUUACAUUACAAUUAUAAACCCUACAACUUGUGUGUUUUCUACUUCAUUUAAUUCAUAACACACACGAAAGGAUACUUAAUUUUGUUUCUUUUACCCCAAAAAAUGCCUUCCUUUGUUGCUGAAACUCAACCUAAAGAUCCAUCCUCUCUUCACCUUCCUUCUUUAGUCUCUUCUUCUUCUCUUCCUCUCACUCUCAAGUUUGUAGAUGUUAGCUAUCGGGUGAAGAUGGCGGACAAGAGUAGUGGAAAUGCCAUCGGACGGAUUCUCGGUUGUGGCUCGUCGGAUGGGUCGCCACCGCCCGUUCAAGAGCGGAGUAUUCUUCAUGGGGUUACCGGUAUGGUGUCGCCUGGAGAGAUUCUAGCCAUUCUUGGUCCGUCAGGGAGUGGCAAGUCAACUCUUCUCAAUGCCCUUGCCGGAAGAUUGCAGGGAAAUGGUUUGACUGGGUCAGUACUGGCCAACGGUCGAAAGUUGACCAAAUCAGUACUCCGGCGAACCGGUUUCGUGACACAGGAUGACGUCCUUUACCCACACUUAACCGUCCGAGAGACACUCAUAUUCUGCUCUCUCCUCCGACUGCCUCUAAGUAUCUCAAGACAAGAAAAAAUUGUGGUGGCCGAGUCGGUGAUCGCGGAGCUCGGGUUGACAAAAUGCCAAGACACGAUCAUCGGAAACGCCUUCAUCCGUGGCGUAUCCGGUGGAGAAAGGAAAAGAGUGAGCAUAGGCCACGAGAUGCUCAUAAACCCAAGUCUAUUGAUCCUAGAUGAACCGACAUCGGGGCUUGACUCAACUGCGGCGCAUCGGCUGGUGACGACUAUGGCCGCCCUGGCUCAUAAGGGAAAGACCAUAGUCACGUCAAUUCAUCAACCGUCAAGCCGCGUGUACCAAACUUUUGACUCGGUGUUGGUGCUGUCGGAAGGAAGAUGUUUGUAUUAUGGGAAAGGAAGUGAAGCAAUGAGCUAUUUUGAAUCUAUUGGUUUCACACCCUCUUUUCCUAUGAAUCCAGCUGAUUUUCUUCUCGACCUCGCUAACGGUGUUUACCAAAUUGACAAUACAAGUGAAGUAGAGAAACCCAACAUGAAGCAAACCCUAAUUACUUCUUACAACACUCUUUUGGCUCCAAGAGUAAAGGCAGCUUGCAUGGAAACAUCAAUGAUGCUCGAAACAAUGACACGUGAGCAAAAAUCGUCAACCAAUACUUGGAAAGCUAGUGUUUUGUUGUGGUGCAACCAGUUGAGUAUCUUGCUCCAAAGAAAUCUCAAAGAACGAAAACAUGAAACCUUCAAUGCCCUAAGAGUAUUCCAAGUUAUAACUGCAGCAAUGCUUGCAGGAUUGAUGUGGUGGCACUCAGAUUUUCGAGAUAUUCAAGAUCGUCUUGGUCUCCUCUUCUUCAUUUCCAUUUUUUGGGGUGUUUUCCCUUCGUUUAAUGCUGUCUUUGCAUUCCCACAAGAGCGAGCAAUCUUCCUUAAGGAACGAGCUUCCGGAAUGUACACGCUAUCGUCAUAUUUCAUGGCUCGAAUCAUCGGAGAUCUUCCCAUGGAGCUCAUCCUACCAACAAUAUUCCUCACAGUGUCAUACUGGAUGACCGAGCUAAAACCGGAGCUUAGUGCCUUUCUAUUGACACUGUUGGUCCUUCUUGGCUACGUGCUUGUAUCGCAAGGUCUCGGCCUUGCUUUAGGUGCAGCGAUCAUGGAUGCAAAACAAGCUUCCACCAUAGUAACAGUGACAAUGUUGGCAUUUGUCUUAACCGGAGGGUUUUACGUACACAAAGUACCAACGGGCAUGGCUUGGAUCAAAUACAUUUCGACGACGUAUUACAGUUAUAGGCUCUUCAUCAAUGUGCAAUAUGGCACUGGAGACAAGAUAUGGUCGUUGCUUGGUUGCUCACGACAUGGAACCGAGAAAGUAAGCAGCUGCAAGUUUGUAGAAGAAGAUGUGGCAGGGCAAAUAAGCCCUGCAUUGAGCAUUGGAGCUUUGUUAUUUAUGUUUGUGGGUUAUAGGUUAUUAGCAUAUUUGGCAUUGAGGCGCAUCAAAUAGAAAACAGACAGAGCCCUAAAAGGAGGAAAAUGCAAAAGGAAAAGCUUGCAUUGCAUGCAUGGUUUGACACACCUUGGAAGGAUUUCCACUAACCAUCUGGUUCUCCAAACCACACUAAUGAUGAUUUUGGUAAAUGUAAAUAGCCAAGAUGAAGUUUAUGAAUGUUUUUUAAAAGAAAAAUAUUAGUAAAAGUGUUUGCAAUAUGAGAAGUCAGUGCUUUCUCUUUUGGUACAUCCAUCAAUAGAAUGAAUAAGUAAUUUCUUUUAUAUUUUCAAUGUCAAA